AUGAGCGACACCUCAGACAGCGACAAUGAGAUCUCCUUCCAGGUGAAGUUCCUGGGCCGGGUGGAGGUGAUCCGUCCUGAAGGCCUGCAGAUCCUGGAGGAAGCAGUUCAAAACCUGAAGACGCCAGAUAGUUACUCCACAGAGAAGAAGGCAAAGAAGAGCAAAGUCCACGUCUUCCUGUCUGUCAGUGCAAUUGACAUUUUGGAAAAAAAAACCAAGUUCCUGCUGUACUCCUGCCCUCUCAGCACCGUGUCCUUCUGCGCCGUGCUGCCCAAUUCUCCUAAAAUCUUCGGCUUCGUGGCCAAACACCCUGCGGUGGACACCUACCACUGUUACCUGUUCCAGAGCAAAACCUUUGGUCACGUGCUGGUGUCAGUGAUCGGAGAUGCUUUCCAAGCUUCCAAGAAGGAGGAGGAAGUCAGAGGAGGCCGAGACCUGAUCGUGGAGGCGUUGAGACAUAAGAAUAAAGUCCUGCAGAAAGAGAACGAUGAGCUGAAGAGAAGGCUUGCAGCACAAAGCAUCAUUUAG